AUGGAUCAGCAGCAGCAGCAGCAGCAGCUGAAUAUAAUAGUGCCAGCAGUAACAACUAGCAUUGUUCGUAGAAAAGUGGUUAGAGGCGAUAAAAGUUCCUGUUCUACGGUCUAUUUUGGCGAGAUAGGCUCGGUCUCGGGGGUGGGAGAUUUGACGGGGGUCGGGACUGAGAGUGCCGACGAGAUUACCCCAACUCCAACCCCCGGCAACGGUAACGGUACUGGUAACAACGUAAUCACCCCUAGAAUACCGAACGGCACCAUAAUAAAAACAACAACUAGCACCACUACAAGCAUUACUAUAACUACAACUACAACCUUUGACAAUACUAUUUCUACUACCGAUAGUAAUAUUUCGGAAGAAGAUAUCGUUGGUACGACAACUGUUAAUACAACAAUCACAUCUACGAAAAAUAAUAAUAACAGCAACAACAACCACAACAAUAUCAAUAACAACAACAACAACAACAACGACAAGGGCAGUAUCGCAACUAGCACCACUACAACUGGCACAGAUACAACCCCGCAAGUUGCAACGGGGGCUGAACUGCCCCGGCACAUGGAGACAUCCCCGACGAUGGUUCCAGACCAGGCACCCGCCACCGGACAUCAUUAUCAUAAUCAUUAUCACCAUCAUCAUCAUCAUCAUCGUGGAUCAUCAAACAGCAGCCCCACUCGUAAUACCUCCAAUAAUUGUCAACCUAGUAGCACUGACACAUCUGAGGAUUUUAUUCCUGUUUCUAAGAAGAGAAAACUUUCUUGUCACGAUGGAAGCGACUUGUUGGAUGAUAUUGGGGAUGAUGCUAAAUCAGUACGCACAAACGAUGAUAGUAAAAAGCAAAACCAUAGUGAAAUAGAAAAACGAAGAAGAGACAAGAUGAAUACAUACAUCACAGAACUGUCAGCUAUGGUGCCAAUGUGUCACGCUAUGUCAAGGAAAUUAGACAAGUUGACUGUAUUACGAAUGGCUGUUCAACAUUUAAAAACAAUCCUGGGUGCUGUUACCUCAUAUACUGAGGGUCAUUACAAGCCAGCAUUUCUCAGUGAUCAAGAACACAAAACAUUAAUACUUCAAACUAUAAUUCUCAUAGAUCAUCGGCAAUGGCAAUGAUGAUAAUUCUAUGAACGAUUUGAUGAAUCAGCAAGGAGACUUAUCUAUUUGAAAAAUAU